CAUGGUAUUGGUGGCCCACAUGGUGAUGCUGGUCUCACUGGCCGUAAGAUCAUUAUCGAUACUUAUGGAGGCUGGGGAGCCCACGGAGGUGGUGCCUUCUCCGGAAAGGAUCCCACCAAGGUCGACAGGAGUGGAGCCUACAUUGUUAGGCAGGCAGCCAAGAGCAUCGUCGCCAACGGGCUUGCUCCUCGUUGCAUUGUUCAGGUGUCGUAUGCCAUUGGUGUGCCAAAGCCAUUGUCCGUGUUUGUCGAUACUUACGGCACCGGAAAGAUCCCAGACAGAGAGAUUCUCAAGAUUGUGAAGGAGAACUUUGAUUUCAGGCCCGGUAUGAUGUCGAUCAACCUGGAUUUGAAGAGAGGCGGUAACGGCAGGUUCUUGAAGACUGCUGCCUAUGGUCACUUCGGAAGGGAUGACCCCGAUUUCACAUGGGAGGUGGUGAAGCCCCUCAAAUGGGAUAAGCCUCAAGCUUAAAUUUGUAUGUGCCGAUUCUCUGCAACUUAAAAGUGUUAUGUUGUUUGCUUGGUUUUGCCUGAAUGGCUUUUUUAUUUUUAAUUUUUUUUAAGCUACCCCAUAUAUAAGUAUAUAUGCGGUCUUGAGAGUAUUAAGAAUUAUUAAAAAGUGUAGUAGAAAGAAUGAAAGAGUCAGCUGCUGUCAUUUGUUUGAUAAUCA